CAUGAUCAUAUCACAUUGCAGGACAUGAAGGGAAAGAAAAAGAAAAUCCAAGUUUGUAACUUGGUGUACUAGUUUUACUUGCCGCUUGAGAAGAAAGCCCAGUUCUCCAUUUGGUCAGUGAGAAUUUAUUUCUUAAAGCUUGAAACUGAAUUUUUUGGAGCAGCUCUCCGGUAACACAACAAUGGCAGGAAUUGCAAGGACUUGUCUGCAGUCAAUAUUGAAAUUUGUGAAUUCGACACUGGGACUUGUUGGCAUAGCAAUGGUUCUCUACGGUCUUUGGAUGAGCAGAGUGUGGCAAAGAGACAUGCAAGACUCGUCUUUUGAUGAUUUUGAUUCUAGUGCUCCAUGGUUUAUAUACACUUUUCUCAGCAUUGGGGUUACCUUAUGCCUAAUAACAUGCCUAGGCCAUAUUUCUGCAGAUUGCUCAAAUGGUUUUUUUCUUUCUUGUUACAUGGAAAUUAUCUUCGUACUUCUCUUAUUGGAAACAGCACUUGCAGCAGAUAUACUCCUAAAUUCUGAUUGGGAGAAGGAUUUACCUGAGGAUCCGACAGGGAGGUUCCAUGAUUUUAGAGAAUUUGUGGAAUCUAAUUUUGACUUCUUCAAAUGGAUAGGCAUGUUCAUCAUCCUAGCUCAGGGAUUUUCUAUGUUAUUAGCAAUGGCUUUAAGAGCUCUUGGACCCAGCAAUGAAUCCAACUAUGACAUUUAUGAUGAACACCCUCCGGCCAGACUUCCACUCAUCAAUCACCAUUUACAACAACCUCCAUACGUUGUUGGUGAACCACGAUUUCCGAUGAAGAAUGAUGCUUGGAAUACCAACAUGUGAAGAAAACAACACUUCUUUUCUGCAAUAUGAUACGAGAGGCGCGAGGGCAAACAUUAUUAUUGAGACGAACAUUAGGUUUGGUGAAGGUUGAUAUGGAAUUGAUGGAAGCGGCAGCCUGCAGGCAUUUUGUGGAACCAUAUAGUACUAGUUACUCAGAACUACGUGCACCCUUUGAAGCUUUUAAUUGAAAUAACUAGCUUGUAGCAUGCAUCACACUUGAAAUUCACAGCAAUCUAAUGUUUGAAUAUUUCUUUCACA